UCGCGAAACGUAAAAAAACUUGAUGACCUCGCGUUCAAUUUCAACAAAAAUAGACAUUCUCCAACUAUCUCGUGCCAGUGUUAACGAAGAAAUAAACUGGAAUGAUAAGAACAAACAAGAAAUACCUAUCGGUUAAACGGCUUUUUCAUUGGCGCGGAACAACAAAGAACGAUGUCUGUUGCAUCACAUUCGAAAUUCGUUGGUCAAUUGAUUUCGAAACUGUCGAAAUAUCGCUGCUAGUGAAUUCCCUGCACGCGUCAACUCGAGGUUGCGUCGAAAUGGAGCACAAGGGGAAGUAUCUAACCAAGGAGUCACGAAAAGCCAAAUUCCGAUCGUCGUUGGACAGUCACGCCCGAUCUGGCACAAAGAUGCAGGCGUCGUCGAUGAAUUUAUUGGCAGCCGGCUUAUCGCUAUUUUGCUUCGUGCAUCCCCUCCAUGGCGACCCUCAAGGAUUCUAUUCGACGAAUUAUGAGUCCUACAAUCCUGCAUUUCACAUAUCAGACCCGGUGCACCGUGUUGCACAAUUUCCUGAACGAUACGAUCCCCCGAGCACUCGGAAAUCUUCACUACGCGUGGCACAGUAUAGAGAAACAUCCGAGGCCACUCCAGAAGAAGAUCAGUUUGAAAAACCUUUGCUUCUACUGAGUUACUCUAGAGGAAUGACAGAAACGAUGCAGCCAGCAGUAUAUAACAGGUAUAGUGAUUUUGGGUCGGGCGAUCGUGAAGAGAAAGCGAAAGAAGAUAGAACAAACGUUGAAGACGAAGAUAAAAAGAGUGACUUGGACGAGGAGGCAAUUAUAGAAAAGAUGAGGAUUCUAGAUCGACUGUUGUCUGAGGAUUCAGGUGAAAAAGAUUUUGAUACGAAUGUAAUUGGAGACAAGAUCAUCUCGGAAGAAUCGAAGAGGGUUGUCAGAGAAGUGAAGAAGAAGAAGCCGGGAUUGUUUUGGUCCUUGGCAAAAAUCAUGUUCGAGGCAAUCAGCGACACGACAUCAGCGAUCAAGGAGAUCGCCACCAUCAUCAAUAACAGCAUCGCUCCGGAUUCGGCCACUGCUAGUAGCAUGAUGAAAGGAUCCCUAAAAGAUGCAGAUUCAUCGAACAUGACCAACGUCAACGGAACAGAAACAACGACAUCAAUACCCACGACCACGCCCUUUGUCUUAACUAGACAAACGCUACAGAGUUUAAUCAGGCGAAACGUCUUGGGGCUCGUUAAACUUUUUAAUAUCGAAUGGAAAGACGCAUUAAACCAAUCGGAAACAAAUGUGAAAGAGUUCCAGAGGGAUCUAGGAAACCAAAUAGGCAGUUUCUUUCGUGACAGAAGGGACACUUAAAACGACUGAUUGCAUUAGGACAUUUCUUAUUCGAUAAAAUUCCUUCGACAGUGUACAUCCUCCAAGCAUGUAGCCAAAGAUCGAACAUAAGUUUAACCGACUAGUAAUACGUGUAAAAGACCGUUUCUUUUUAUAAUUUGAAUUAAAGAGUUGAAAGCGAAA